AUGUUAGAAGUGGUAGUAGGGUCGUCUAAUAUUUACUCUUCUUGUUGUUUUAUUGCUGUUGUUGGUGCAGCUGUAGAAAAGUCUGACUAUUUGAACGCUUGCCUGAACGGUGUGAUGGAAUUAGAAAAAUAUAUUUUUGAAGAAACGUUUACUAAUGGUAAAGUUGGUUCAAUGUACAGCGAAAAGGAUUACAAUGUUUGGGUUCAGGAAAAUGGUUCAAUCAAACAAUCUUAUACCACUCCAGCGUUAAUUCAAAUGUCACAAUCGCGAUCGAUCAUGUUAUGUUCGAACGAAGGUGAUGGAGUUUUGGCAGAAUGUUCAUUGUUAACAAUUCCCGGUGGUCUUCAUGAACGAUUUAGCUUUUGCUGCUUUGAUGUGGAGAACAAAUUCGAUUUAUCACAUGGUCUUGGAGAUGCUGAAGAAGAAGAAUUGUAUGCGGAGUUAUACGAUCGCGGCAAUGAUAAUGAAGCAGAUGGGCAAGCGUGGGAUUUAAAAUUGUUGUUUUUCUGUUAA